UUCCUCAAUCUUUGGAUGAAGAUGCUGAACCUUGUAAAAAAUAAAAAUAUCUUUCUGGGUUAUUUUGUUCUGUUCGUUUGGAUUAUUGUGUUAGUGGAGGUUGGUUUAGGAAAAAAACAAACAAAUGAAAUCAAAGUAGGAGUAGUGCUUGAUCUCCAAACUCCCUUUUCUAAGAUCUGCCUCACUUCCAUUAAUCUAUCGUUGUCCAAUUUCUACAAGCACCGUGCUCAUUACAACACACGACUUGUGGUUCACGUUAGAGAUUCUUUGGAAAAUGUUGUUCAAGCUUCAGCUGCAGCCUUGGACCUAAUCAAGAACGAGCAAGUGAGUGCCAUCAUUGGACCAAGAACCUCUAUGCAAGCAGAGUUUGUGAUCAGACUAGCCGACGAAUCUAAAGUACCGGCCAUCACAUUCUCUGCAACAAGCCCUCUUCUGACAUCCAUCAACAGCCCAUACUUCGUCCGAGCCACUGUCGACGACUCAUCCCAGGUCAAAGCCGUUGCAGCCAUUGUCAAAUCGUUCGGCUGGAGAAACGUCAUCACCAUUAACGAGGACAACGAAUUUGGAGAAGGAAUAGUACCUUACCUGGCUGAUGCUUUACAAGACGUGCAAGCUUUUGUAGUCUAUAGAAGUUUGAUCCCUCAGAAGGCUAAUGAUGAUCAGAUUCUCAAGGAGCUCUAUAAGCUAAUGACGAUGCCGACAAGAGUAUACGUUGUCCACAUGUCACCAAAUCUUGGUUUUCGUUUUUUUGAGAAAGCUAGAGAGAUCGGGAUGAUGGAGGAAGGAUAUGUUUGGUUACUGACUGAUGGAAUAAUGAACUUGAUGAGAUCUAAAGGCGGUGGCAGCUUGGAGAAUAUGCAAGGGGUGUUGGGCGUGAGGAGUCAUAUCCCCGAAUCGAAAGAGCUCAAAGAUUUCACUUUGAGAUGGAAAAAAAAGUUCUACGAGGAGAAUCCAUUGAUGGGGGAUGAUGAUACAGAGUUGAACGUUUUCGCAAUAUGGGCAUAUGAUUCGAUCACCGCACUGGCCAUGGCCGUGGAAAGAACAACCAGAACAAAGAACUUGCGGUAUGUUAACCCUAGCUCCUCCUCAAAUAACAGGACAGAUCUUGGGAACCUAGGGGUCUCUCGCUACGGUCCAAGUCUUCGAAAGGCACUCUCAGAUGUUAGAUUCAAGGGUUUAGCGGGAGAGUUUAAACUCAUUGAGAUGCAGCUCCAGUCAUCCACAUUUGAGAUCAUCAAUAUUAUUGGAAAUAAAGAGAAAACGAUAGGAUUCUGGACACCAAGAAAUGGACUCGUGAAUGCAAAAUCGAACCAAACGACAUUGUUCGGGUCAGUUGAAUGGCCGGGACAGUCAAAUGUUGUUCCAAAAGGAUGGGAGGUUACAUCGAGCGGAAAGAAGCUUAGAGUGGGGGUUCCAGUGAAGAAAGGCUUCUUCAACUUUGUAAAGGUAAAUAUAGAUCCAAUCAGUAACGCAAUGACCCCAACCGGUUACUGUAUAGAUGUCUUUGAAGCUACUCUUAAAAAGUUGCCUUACUCCGUCAUUCCUCAAUAUUAUGCUUUCGACUCUCCGGAUGAGAACUAUGACGACUUGGUGUAUCAAGUCUUUAAAGGGAGGUGGGAUGCUGUUGUGGGAGAUGUAACCAUCAUAGCAAACAGGUCUUCCUAUGUUGAUUUCACGUUACCGUACACAGAGUCUGGAGUGUCUAUGAUGGUACCGCUCAAAGACAACACGAACAAGAACACAUGGGUGUUCCUUAAACCUUGGAGCUAUGACCUAUGGAUCACAACUGGUUGCUUCUUUGUAUUCAUUGGGUUUAUCGUGUGGAUUUUAGAGCACAGAGUCAACACCGACUUUCGUGGACCACCUCACCACCAGAUCGGCACAAGUUUCUGGUUCUCUUUCUCCACUAUGAAUUUUGCCCACCGCGAGAAGGUGGUUAGCAAUUUAGCCAGGUUUGUAGUGACAGUUUGGUGCUUCGUGGUUCUUGUGCUGAUUCAGAGCUAUACAGCGAAUCUCACAUCUUUCCUCACUGUACAACGGUUCCAACCAGAGGUCACAGAUUGGAAAGAUCUCAUAAAAGAUAACAAAUCCGUAGGCUUUCAGCGUGGCACUUUCGUGGUUAACCUUUUGAAGAAACAAGGAUUUCAUGAAUCUCAGCUUAAGUCUUAUGGUUCCGAUGAAGAAUGUAAGGAGCUUUUUUCCAAUGGCAGUAUUGCAGCUUCUUUUGACGAAGUGGCCUACCUUAAAGUUAUCCUCUCUCAAAAUUGCUCCAGAUAUGCCAUGGUUGAACCUACCUUCAAGACUGCUGGUUUUGGCUUUGUAUUCUCCAGGAAUUCACCUCUAACGGAUGAUGUUUCAAGGGCAAUCUUGAAUGUUACUCAAGGCGAUGAAAUGCAACACUUUGAGGACAAAUGGUUCAAGAAACAGAGUGAUUGUUCUGAUCAAAACACUAUUCUUUCCUCCCACCAUCUCAGCCUUUGUAGCUUCUGGGGUCUGUUUCUAAUCGCGGGCCUUGCUUCACUCUUGGCACUCCUCAUCUUCAUAGCCAACUUUUUGUACGAACAUAGACAAAAGCUAUUUCAAGACUCCGAAACCUCCUUAUGGAAAAAGUCAAUGUUUUUACUUAGAAUCUUUGAUGAAAAAGACGCAAGGUCGCAUACUUUCAAGAACAGUGUCGUUCAUAACGUGAGUUCGCCUAUUACGCAAGCCAUUCCAAGCUCUUCAACAGUGCAGGGCACACCAUAUCCACGAAGUCCGUCACCAAAUAGGGAGUUUGCGCCAAUAAGAGUAUCUGCCAACCCAAGCGGAGAGCUUUUGAACCUGCAACCGGCACAAAAUGAAGAUGAUGAAUCUUCAAUGUGAAAUAGAGAGAAGUUGCAAAAGUGCAUGACAGGUUUGCUACUCUUUUUUCUAUUGCAAAAUCCUGUAUUGUGUAUUUAUUUACAAACUUACGUCAAUAAGAGUUCUAUAUUUGGAAUCAAAUAUUCUUUCCUUCAAAAGUUAA